AUGAGUGGUAGCGAUUCGAUUACAUGUUUCGAUUACUUAGUGAUUGGUGGUGGCUCAGGUGGGAUUGCUAGUGCUCGUCAGGCUGCUGAAUUCAAAGCUUCUGUUGGAUUAAUUGAAUCGAAACGCCUUGGUGGGACCUGUGUAAAUGUUGGAUGUGUUCCGAAAAAAAUAAUGUACAACUGUUCUCGUCAUGCAGAAAUAAUGAAAGAUCAUUAUGAUUAUGGUUUCGAUGUUACUGUAACUGGAUUCCAUUGGAAAGUAAAAGACAGUCGCGAGGCAUAUAUCAGACGUUUGAAUGCUAUAUACGAAACGAAUUUAACUAAUUCUGGUAUCCAGUUAGUUCGAGGCAGGGCAUCGUUUACGAAGGAUGGUAUUAUUGAUGUUGAUGGCAAAAAAUAUCUCGGGAAACACACGUUGAUUGCUGUUGGAGGGUAUCCAAUAAAACCUGAUAUACAGGGGGCAGAGUACGGCAUUGACAGUGAUGGUUUUUUCGAUCUUGAUAUAUUACCAAAACGUACGGUAGUAGUUGGCGCUGGCUAUAUAGCAGUCGAAAUAUCAUCAAUGUUGGCAGCAUUAGGUUCUGAUACACACUUAUUGAUACGAAAGGAAAGAUUGUUACGGACGUUUGACCACACAUUGUCGGAAUGUUUAACAGAAGCUGUCGAUAAAGGACCAACAAAGCUUCAUAAGAAUACUGAGGUGGAAUCGGUGGAAAAGAAUUCUGAUGGAUUACUUACUGUGAACACAACACAUGGUUCUAUUACAGAUGUUAAUGUCUUAAUUUGGGCAAUAGGUCGACAUCCUCAAACACAAAUUUUAAAUCUAGAUUACGUGGGUGUCAGUACUGAUAGCAAUGGCAAUAUAAUUGUGGACAAGUACCAGAAUACAACAGCAAAGAAUAUAUAUGCAGUUGGAGACUGUUGUGGAAAGGCACUCUUAACGCCAGUUGCGAUUGCGGCUGGAAGACGUCUUGCUCGGAGACUAUUCAACAAUGAAAAAGAAAUUCAUUUAGAUUACGAGAACAUUCCUACUGUUGUGUUUAGUCAUCCUCCAUUGGGAACUGUUGGGCUUACUGAAGCGCAAGCUGUACAUCGCUAUGGUGCAAAUAAUCUUGUGAUUUAUAAAACAAAAUUUAAUACAAUAUAUCAUGCUAUCACGCAACGCAAAGAGCCUACCGUGAUGAAACUUAUCUGCGUUGGUAAAAAUGAACAGAUUUUGGGUGUGCAUUUACUUGGUGAAGGUUGCGAUGAAAUGUUACAAGGUUUUGCUGUUGCUGUGAAGAUGGGUGCAAUGAAGAAAGAUUUUGACAAUACAAUAGCUAUUCAUCCAACAAGCUCAGAAGAACUGGUAACAAUGCGCGGUGGUUAUAGACUCGGAAAAACGGCAAAAUAA